AUCUCACCAUUUUCCCCCGUUCAUCGGCUUGUGGCUGGUGCUAUAUCGACCUUCUUGCCCCCCAAAUAGGAAGCGGAAGAGGUUUCCGCUGCCUUCCGACAACCAAGGAAGAUCAGGAGCAGAACCGUUCAAGAUGGCGUUGCCGAAGCGAAUCAUUAAGGAGACUGAGCGCCUCAUGGCGGAGCCAGUCCCUGGCAUCAAUGCUGUACCCCACGAGGAGAACCUCCGCUACUUCGAUGUCUCCAUCCACGGACCGGCGCAGUCCCCGUACGAAGGUGGCAUCUUUCGCCUCGAACUGUUCCUGCCGGAGGAUUACCCGAUGACACCUCCCAAGAUUCGCUUCUUGACCAAGAUCUACCACCCCAACAUCGACCGCCUGGGGCGGAUCUGCUUGGACGUUCUGAAGAACAACUGGUCUCCUGCUCUCCAAAUCCGUACGAUCUUGCUCUCGAUCCAGGCUCUGCUGGGAGCCCCGAACCCGGAUGACCCGCUUGCCAACGAUGUUGCCCAACGCUGGAAGGAGGACGAGCCGGCAGCGAUACAAACCGCGAAAGAGUGGACUAGAACCCAUGCGAUGACUUAAAUGAGACGAGGGGAGAGUUCCACCAGGUUGCUAUGAAGACUGUAGGAGCAACAAUGGUGUGAUGUGACCAUGAGCAAAAGUACCGCAACAUUCCACCUUCCUGGCAUCCCUCUUAGGAUAGGCCCCGACUCCCGGAGACCUCUCUUGUCUUGUUAUAUGCGAAAGCGGAUUUUCUUAACGCCCAUCUCCGGUUCGUUUCCCCAUAAAUGCUCAUGCAUGGCGAAAGAGCUCUUGCUCAUCCCAGAUGCAUGGUAUAAGCAUAUCUUGCCUCCCUCAGGCAACAACUUUGUUUUCCACCUUUCUAUAUUAGAGUCUUAUGCUGCGAUAGAAUCACAAGAUCCCUGU